AAACAGCAGUCAGAAAUGAGAAACCAUACAGCGACAUUAUUCAUUCUCCAGGGAUUGACAGAUGACCCACAACUGAAGGUUCUGUUUUUUAUCUUUUUGUUUCUGACCUACAUGUUGACUGUAACUGGGAACUUAACCAUCAUCACCCUCACUUGGGUAGAUCCUCACCUUAAAACCCCCAUGUAUGUUUUCCUUAGGAACUUUUGCUUCUUAGAAUUGUCAUUCACAACUGUCUGUAUUCGCAGAUUCCUGUACAACAUGUUAACUGGAGACUAUACUGUGACCUACAAUGCAUGUUUCACUCAAUUAUUUUUUGGUAUCCUCUUUGGGGCCUCAGAAUUUUUUCUCUUGGCUGCCAUGUCUUAUGACCACUAUGUGGCUUUCUGCAAACCCCUGCACUAUGCAAAGAUCAUGAAAAACAGAGUGUGUAACCAGCUCCUCCUGGGUUGUUUGCUAUCUGGGUUAAUGAUCAUCAUAACAAUACUUGGUAUGGGUCUUGAGCUGGAAUUCUGUGACUCCAAUAUUAUUGACCAUUUUCUCUGUGAACCGUCACCAGUGCUGGAGAUCGCAUGCUCUGAUACACAGGUACUAGAAAGAAUAAUUUCAGCCUCUAUUGGGUUGACACUCAUAAUGACCUUAGUGUUAGUGGUUUUAUCUUAUGCUUAUAUUGUCAGGACUAUUCUGAGAUUCCCUUCUGCCCAGCAAAAGAAAAAAGCCUUUUCCACUUGUUCCUCCCAUAUGACUGUCAUCUCCUUUAGCUAUGACAGCUGCAUUUUUAUCUAUGUCAAACCUUCUGCUAAAGAAGGAGUAGCUUUGAAUAAGUCAGUGUCAGUACAUGCAACCUCCAUGGCACCAGUAAUGAACCCCUUUAUUUACACCCUGAGGAAUAAACAAGUGUUACAAGCUUUUAGAGACAUAUUCAAAAGGGUUGUAUUGAUUUCAAAGCUAUAA